CGAAAGAGAGCAGCCGCGGAGCGCGUUGGGGACGUAGUGGGAGAACAGGCAGAAGAGAUGGAAGUCGACAAUAAUAAUGCGCGCGAAGAAGACACCGACGACGACGACGAAGGCGAUGCGGAUGCAGGUGCAGGUGCAGGUGCGCGCAACGGUCUGGACCUCGACGGACCGAUCAACUGGAAGGCCGGCAGACCCAUACCAGUCAACACUCUACUGCCUCGACUUCAAGCGCUUGCCGAGCAAUUACGAUCCAUAGAGCAGGGCACUGUGGCUCCCGAACUGCUGCAGUCAAAAGCGGCGGAAUUGGUCAACACACAAUUGCUUGAUCACAAGGACGAUGGCAUCAAGGUGUACACCUUGCUCUGUAUUGUCGAGCUGUUCAGAAUCAUGGCCCCCAAUGCUCCCUUCAAGCAGAGUCAAUUGGUGAAGAUCUUCGAUCUCAUCGUCAAGUCGGUCAUUCCAGCGCUUGCCGACCCUGGCCAUUCUUAUAAUGGAGAGCAUUCGGCCAUUGUUUCGUCUCUGGCAAAUAUAAAGAGUAUUAUCCUGCUCUGCGACCUUCCGGGGAGCGACACGAGGAUCAGAGAACUUUUCACUCAUGCUUUUGAUGUCAUGGCUGGAAAUGUGCAGGGAGGCGACCGGGAGUUGCUUUCGAAGAAUGUCGAGUUCAACUUCACGAGCAUGCUCUGCGCUGUCGUCGACGAAUGUCAGUCAUUGCCAACUGAAGUGACCGAUGUCAUCUUGGCCCAGUUCCUCAGAGCCGACCCUAAUGCUACUACGACGAAGAAAGGCGAGCAAGUCUGGUCUGACGUGCUUCGGGAAGUUUCGCCUGCAUACAACAUGGCCAGGUCAAUAUGUAACACCUGCGAAGAGACUAUGAUUCGACAGAUUGGCUCAUACUUCAACUCUGUCUUGAUAGACGCGGCUUCGGUUUCCGCCACAUCCAAACCCAGCAAGUCGCGGGGAAAGAAGCGAACUCACGAUGAGAGCGAAGACGAGGAAGACUCAAGCGUGCUCGUACAGCCAUCCGAUGAGGACCUACAAGAAGUCUCCAAAGCACAUCGAUUACUACGCGAACUAUGGAGAGCCUGCCCAGCAGUCAUUCAGAAUGUUAUUCCUCAAAUUGAGGCAGAGACAGCGGUCGAGAACGUGCCUUUGCGAGUCCUCGCGGUGCAGAGCAUAGGUGACAUGAUUGCAGGCAUCGGUGCAGCCGGUCCGCCUCCUCCGACACCUCUGGUCCCAGAAGCAUACCCUUCGCAGAGCCUCGAAAGCUAUGCCGCACCGGUGCAUUCCAACUUACUCCUGGUGCCCGCAGCACCGCAAGCAUUCUCUAAUGCCUACCCAAGUGCAUAUCAAGCGUUCUUUGACCGCCAUCGGGACAAGUCGGCACAAGUCCGAGCAGCUUGGGUCACUGAAGCCGGGCGAAUUGUGCUUACAUCUGCUGGUGGCAAAGGGUUAGACUCUGGUCAGGAGACAAGACUUCUCCGCUGCUUUGCAGAUAUGCUGCUGGAUCAAGACGAAAAAGUCCGCUCUUCAGCUGUGCAAGCCUUGAUCCAUUUCGAUUUCCAUUCCAUCGUGAGCAAGCUAGGUCGCGCGGGUGGGGUCAACAAAGAAGGGUCUGUUCUGUCUAAUCUCGUAAAGGCCUGCGUGGUGGACCAGAAGCAGACUGUCUCCAUCGCUGCGACCGAGCUUGCUGGGCGCAUCUGGGGUGUAGCAUCGGGCGCAAUUGUGGAAGGCGAUGAGAAGAUCCGAGAGCUGUUGGGUGGCAUUCCAUCUGAAAUCUUCCGAGGCAAGUACAAGAACAAGCCCUAUCUCAAUCAGCUGAUCGACCAAGUGGUGGCCGAAUCACUCCUUCCGCUCGGCUUCCCACCCAUCAAAUCAAAGAAAGAGGCCAAGAGUGACUCCCAACGAGUUCCCGACAGCCAGAGCACAUCUGAGCGAGGGCCAAGUCCGGACAAAAUCAGAGUCGCUCGAAUCCUGGCGUUGGUCCGUGACCUGGAUGGUGAAGGCGAAAGACAUACAAAAGUCGUCUUCUUGGGUUCGCUGCAACGGCAAGUGCAGUUGGCAAAGUAUGUCAAAGCAGCCUUGGACUCCAGCGAGAAGAUGGGCGCCAACCCAAAGACCAAGGAAGCGAAAGCUGAGAAGCAGACCCUCCAAAAGCUCGUCAAGGUCCUCGCAAGUGCUUUUGCAGAACCCGAUAUCGCUGCGAACGAGCUCACUCGAUUUUUCGAACAUUACGAACGUCGGAACUAUGCCCUGGUUAGGUUCUGCAUCGACGCCAGCACCGAUUACAAGAAAGUCAUCAAUGCGAUCAGGGAAUUGAAGACACGAUUGGCUGCAUCACCAAGUAACAUUGCCGAGUGUAGUGAUACUGUUAUGCAUUUGCUCCAGAUCAGCUCAGUCCUCGUGUACAAUCGAAGCCAUGUUCCUGCAAUUGUGGAGUUCUCACGAACGAACGAAGCAGGUCUCGGUUCGACUGCGCACGAUAUCUUGAAGGACAUCUCUACAAAGGCGCCAUCGAUAUUCGAGGUUCAUGUCACUGAGUUGUGUAAGACGUUGAUGGACCACCCUCCCUCUGCAACAUCAUCAAACAGUGCCCGCGCUGCCGAUACUUUGAAAGCAUGCGCCGGCUUCGCUCGCCAGUUCCCACAGAAGAUGCCCAAGGACCGCAAAUUUUAUCAAGCGAUGUCAAGUUACGCAAAAUACGGUAGCUCGGCCAUUGUGGUAAAGCAUGCAAUCACAGUCAUUGUUUCUGCUGCAGACAAGAGGGAAAUGUAUGUCAAAGACAUACUUCAGCACAGUUUGAAGGACUUCGCGGUCGGAGACGACACAUAUCUGACAAAGCUCGCUGCGCUGAGUCAAUUGAGCCUGCUGGCGUACAAGCAGCUUGAAGACCAGCAUGAUCCUAUACAGACCGUGCUUGCUAAAGUUCUGAAGAAUAGGACCGCCGCACAAGACACUGAUCCGUCAUGGUCGGAUGAGCUGGACGACGACGCUCAAGCAAAACUUCUAGCGCUCAAGACCAUCACAAACAGAGUCCGAGGCCAAGUCUUGGAAAGCGACAACGAUGAAGAGAGCGAACAGGUAGAACGCUCAGCCGAGCAGGUGUUCAACAUUCUCAAUUCCAUCGUGAAGAAAGACGGCGAGCUGGCCGGAAAGAGUCAUCCAACUCCUGCACACUAUCGAUCACGACUUCGAUUGGACGCCGCGAAGCUGAUUUUGAAGCUUUGUUGCAACAAGACCAUCGACUCAGUGUUUCUCCCGAUCGAUCUUGUUGGCCUCACCAAGAUCGUGCAAGACCCUCUACCCGAAGUGCGCGCAGGCUUCUGUGCAACAUUGAAGAAGUAUCUCGGGCAGGGCAAAUUGAACCAUCGCUUCUACGCGCUCAUGUUCCUCUACGCGUUUGAGCCAAUCAAGAGCACCAAGGAGGCCGCGUUUACCUUUCUGCGAGCUCGCGCUCUCAAUUUUGCUAAGAACAACUCUCCAGUCAUGGAGAGCGUGUUCGCCCACUUCCUCAGCUUGCUUUCUCAUCACGAGGACUUCACACCUGCGGCAGAGGAUAUACCAGACUUCAUAGAUUACAUCCUGUUCUUCUUGAAGGCUGUGGCAUCAGAGCAGAACCUCGGCACCCUCUAUGCGAUUACGCGUCGCGUGAAGCAAGUUGAGGACGCUGUCACUCCAGACAAGAGAGAAUAUACAUGGACCAUUGCCGACUUGUCUGAAGGUGUCAUCCGUAUUUACGAGCAAGCCAAAGGCUGGACACUACAAGCGCCUCCCACACGACCUAACCUGCCUAAAUAUAUCUACCAGCCCUUGGUAGACCGCGCACUUGCGGAGGAGGUAGCAGACAAGAAUUUCUUGCCAGACAUCAUUGCCGAGGACCUCGAAGAUUUGGUCAAGAGUCGAUUGAAAUCGAAGAAGCGGAAGGCCGUCGAUGGCGAGCCGAAGAAAGCGGCCAAGAGAGCGCGGUCUUCUACGACUGAUGACAAAGGUUUGCCUGCUCGCAAAGCUGCCAAGAAGGAAAAGAAGACCAAGACUAUGAAGACACCGAAGCGAAGAUUGAGCGAUGAGCUUCCUGCCUCUGAACGGCGGAAGAGCUCUAGAGUGUCAAAUGCGAAGUCGUACGCGAUAGAUUCUGACACCGAUGAAGAAGAGGUGGAGAAAUGGGAUGCCGAUGACAGUUCUGAUGAGGAUGAUGAGGCGAACAAGGAGAACGUGUCUUCGACGUCGACACCGCCCACCAGUGAUCCAUUGCACUCCCAGUCCGCACUGAAUGGCACAAAGGAAAAGACUCCAAGGCCGACGUCGAAAGCAACGCCUACAUCAACGCCCCGACCAGCUGCGAUGACCAAGACAGCGAAAGAGAAGGCGCCAGCUCAGAAGAAGGCUGCUGCUUCGAAGAAUAAGCUGCCCACAAGGACAGGGCGACCAACAAGAAACGCGAAGAAAGAGAAGGACAUCAUGGACAUUCCUAGUGACUCAGAUGAGCAGCUCUCCGACGCACCGGAUGAGAUGGAGGUGUGAACAAGAGUAUGCAUCUUCUUGCUUCUCUGGAUAUGCCGCGUCAUGCUCCGCGUUAGGCAUCAUUACUCGGCGUUAGUAUUGCGACCAACGAUAUCACCGACAGCGUCAUACAUGUAUCUAAAGUAUCGUGUGUUCAUAUUGCAAGCGUUCUGUGGCUCCAGCGAGGUGUUCUGGGGUAUGCAUCUAGCGAAAAGGUGCAACGUGUGUAGCGUCGAACAUGACUAAAUUGCAUGAAAGGUGGCCGAA